AUGAACCAUUCUAGGCAACUUGUUCUCUUCUUUAUUGCUGUAUUUGUUCUUGUCAUUGUCACAGAAUCUAGCACUUUGGGUGACGAAUGGCGAGGUGCGAGACACGCAAAAACAAAGCAAAUCGAUGAUAGCAUCGAUGUCUAUUUGAAGUCAUUGACACCAACUAUUUGGGAAAGGAUGAUCCCCGAGUACCGCACCUUUCGAUUCAGACGA